GCUGCACGGUGAGAGCCACUGAUUCUGCUGCUUAGCCUGACAAAGUGGAGGCAAAAUGUCGAUGGGCCUGGAAAUCGGAGGGAUAUCCCUGUCUGUCCUGGGCUGGAUCGGCUGCAUCCUGUGCUGCGGACUGCCCAUGUGGCGGGUGACGGCCUUCAUUGGCGCCAACAUAGUCACUGCGCAGAUCAUGUGGGAGGGCCUGUGGAUGGACUGUGUGGUGCAGAGUACAGGCCAGAUGCAAUGUAAGGUCUACGACUCCAUGCUGGCGCUGCCUCCUGACCUGCAGGCUGCCCGCGCCCUGGUGGUCAUUGCAAUCGUCCUGGGUGUGCUGGGCAUACUCAUCUUCUUGAUGGGGGCGCAGUGCACCCGCUGCAUGGAGGAGGAGUCCGCCAAGGCCAAGGUCACCAUCGUCUCUGGAGUCGUCUUCCUGUUGACCGGCAUCAUGAUCCUUAUCCCUGUCUCCUGGUCGGCCAAUACCAUCAUCCGCGACUUCUACAAUGUAUUGGUGCCCCAGGCCCAGAAGCGAGAGCUGGGAGCUUCGCUCUACAUCGGCUGGGCAGCGUCUGCCCUCUUUGUUUUUGGGGGUGCCUUGCUGUGCUGUUCCUGCCCCCCUAAAGAUGACAAAUACAGACCCACAAAUGUGGCCUACUCAGCCCCCAAGUCGACGGCAGCCAGCUAUGACAGGAAGAACUAUGUAUGAAGCAACAUGGCAGCCCACCCUGGGUACGAAACUCAACAGUUUGCCAUUGCACCUGCUAGGAGGCUCCUGAACUUCACCUUCACUUGCACGAGAAGAGAGACACCCAAAUAAAUUCUUGAGGAUGAAUGUACAGAGAUAUGUUCGGCUUAAAACUUUGGAGAUAGCAAUAUGUUGAAUGAUGGGUUCCAGAUUGGCGUUCCCCCUACACAAAGAAUCCCCGAAAAGGGGAAGGGGAGCCCUUCGGCUCGUCUUUCCUUUUCUUCUUGUGGAUAGCCUUUGACUUAACACCCCCCCUGCUCUGCUUUGGACUUUCAAUGAGCACCUCUGCAAGAUUAGACCCUGCUCCCCAACUCUCAAGUUUCAUUUUCAGCCAGUGAAGGUUGGUGCGGGGGCCAGCCUUAGCUUUGCUCUGUUUGUAAGACUGGGAAGGCCUCUGUGUGUGCAGCCUUCACGUUGCCUCUUUGCUGUUCAAAGUGCACGCUGGGCCCUCUUUUCCUUUAUAUUUCAGCCCUUUGUUUCUGUGGGGAUUACUGGGGGAAAUGAUUUAUUUGAAGGGUGGGGGGAGGGUGUCAUGAUAUUCGAAUGGACAGAGACUGUGUAGGGCGAUACAUCCUCCAAGCUUGAGAUCUGGUUGCUGUUGAGAACUGUUGGGAAGUGAUGGGUGGUAGGAGACGGUACCAAACCAGGGCCACUUUUAAAGCUGAAAUAGCAGCUUUAGGGGACAGAACUUGCUCUGACUGGGCAAAGAGGCCAACAGUCUUGCAGGUGACAUGCUUCCAGGUAGGAAUAAAGAUGACCUCCACCUCCACUUCCUCCUCUAGGCCAGCCUACCCUUGAGGUAAUAGCUUUUACCUGUCCUGAGGUAAUAGCUUUGUCCCAAACCCGGCCUCUGGGAAAUAAAUCGUUUUACUUUAUGUAUGCGGAAGCAGCUAUAGGGGCAAAGGUGGAUGGUCUAUUUGGGCAACCAGUCAGCCAUUGCUGUGGGUGAGAAGCUCGCGGUUGGUUGGUGAGUGAGCAAUAAAGAUGGCCGACAUCUCUCAUUUCCUCAAGCCUGGCCCUUUAGCACAAGCGAGAACUACCCUGUUCGUGAGAAACCAAGCUGACUAGCAGUACGAUCACCUUCUUGGAUGGUGGCAACCACUGGAACAGGGCGGAAUAAUAUUCAAGAAGCUGCCUAGCUAGCUGAUGAAAUUAACCCUGACUGGUACCUCUUAAGCCCUUAUUUCAUGGACGUUUUAACCAGGGAUGCCAAGCUAGGAGGAAACAGUUUUCAUUGUUACACGGGGCUUGAGGGUAACUGGGAUUUUCCCCUCCUGCUUUGUGUUUGUACUAAGUUAUAUGAUGUUUCCUUCUUCCUCCCCCCAGCCUUUCCCCACAAAUAAAACUCUGUUUUAGUAACUAA